AUGCCUAGAGGGAAUCACAACCAUGGUGGGAGGGGCGGCCGGGGCGGCAGAGGAAGCCAUGCACGCGGCAGCCCAUACCGGGGACCAUGGAGGGGAAAUGGGAGGGGCGGCCGAGGUCGGGGAAAGGGUGGAAGGGGUGGUGGUGGUGGUAGUGGUGGUGGUCAUAUGGAUGAAUUUGACUUUCCAAUCCAGCAGUGGCCUGCUGAUCAACCUCCCACUCCUGGCUAUGAGACACCAAGAGGCAGAGGUAGAGCCCGAGGCCGAGGAAUUCCUAAUGUUUUUACAAUCCAUCUUAGAGGCUCUGAAAGUCCUCGAGGCCAGGGACGUGGACGUGGAGAUAUAAGAAAUGCAUCCCCACGGGGGAAUAGCCGAGGCGGCGGUCGCGGUGCAGGGUAUCUCAACUCGAAACUGCGAGUCGACGCACCGCUGUCGAAGCUUUUAUUCGAAGAUAGACCCCUUCUCAAACCCAUCGUCUUUGUGCGGUCAGUCCACACCGCAACACUUUUCCAGAGCGAAGAUGACAUAUUACAACCCGUAUCCGAAUCGGCUGCUGAUAACGAAGAGAGCCAUGUUCCCACUGCAGACCAGGUUACGCGUAUAUUCAGCGGCGUUCCUGAGAGAGAGGCGUUGUCAUCCUCAUCUGAAGACGAAGAGGCGCUCGAAGAGAUCGACUUUAAAGACAUAGGGAGAUUGCAGGCAGAAGUUGAUGCUGCUGCUGCCCUCGUACAGACCGGUGGUCCGUCCGUCAAAGCAGCAGAUACCACAAUAGUGGAGGAAAAAUUUACGGGUUUCUAUAUUGACACCACUCCGAGUGGUCCUAACCCACACCCCACGGAUGACCGCAUCCCAGUUGGACGCACGACUGGGGUGCUUGGAGAGCAGCUACAGGACGACGAAGAGGUAAUUGUGUAUGUAGCUCCCCACCCACGUAUAAAGGCAAGCCAGCCCCAGGAAGUUCAAUCCCAGCUGGAAGUUGGCGUAGUUAGGGAGAUCCCCAAGACUUCUUUUCUCACAGAUGUCGGCGUCGAAUUUGCGGAGGGAGCGAGAGUAUUUGGACGUGAGGAAUCAACACCGGAGACCAUUCCCUCAAGUGUUCUUCCACCUCCAGCAUUCGAGUCCGUUUCGUUCUCGUUCGAUCCUACACCCCGGAGGCAGCAAACCAGGAGGGCCUUCCCUGUUGGCGGCGGGCCGCGCUCAUUGCUCAGGCGAUCCAAGAAGGCUCGACGAAAAUCUGCACGACACUUUGGCUCAUACGGCGCGAUGCUUUCAGAAGCGCAUUUGCAGCAAGAGGCACGGGAGAAGGACCCGCGAGAGAGUGAACAGCGGAGGGGGGACUCUGACAUCAAUUGGGGAGAUUCAGAUACUGACGCGGGCGUGACUCAAGACGCAGUGGACGAGAUUUCGAGCGGUAUGGGUGCAAUGGACCUGGAUGGAGAAGUAUCCUUGGAGGCUAUGAAGAGCUUCGUGACUAGCAUGGGUGCCGAGGGCUCGCGACAUGUCACGAUGGAUGAUAUCGCAGAUAUUGCUCGCAUGCACGCAGAGGAUGUAGAGGAAGAGAAGGGUAUAAAUGGUACGGAUGGUGAUUCCAGUGAGAGCGAAGAAGAGGACAAGGAAGUAGAGCAGGUAAUCGAUGAGCAAGAACGCGCACUCAUUGGUGACCGCGAGGAUGAUAGCGCUGAAGAAGGAAGCAGCGAAGAGUAUUCAGACGAUGAGACUACUCCCAAGACGGCCUUUAAAACGAAGCUGGAAAAGAUACGCGCCCAACCCAAGGGAAAACAAAAGGUCAAGCCAUUAGAAGAAUCAAGUGAUGAAGCAAUGUCUGUACAGAUGGUUUGGGACGACGAGGACGAGGAUAUGGACGAUGACGAGUUCUUUGAUGAGAUUGAGGCAUGUUCCGAGAUGCUAGAGGAACACGCAGCAAUCCUGACGGGGAGAGAUCGGCGGAUCAAGAAGCAGCUAUUCCGCGCGAUAUCUGAAGGACUAGAUAGCAUGGUACAACCGGCACCUCGCAAAAAGGAUAAAUAUAUCCCUUCUGAACUUCAAGAGCAGUGGAACAAAGAUCGCGCGAAGAAAGCUGAAAACAAACGCAGAAGAGCGGAAGAUAGGUUAGCACUGGCCAUGGAUCCUAUAGCAGUCCAUAAGGGUGGCAAGAAAGGCAGAAAAGCAAUGCUGGCCGCAGCGAAGCUGGAUUCCAGCGAAGAUAUGCCCAAUCGUAUCACGAACUUCGUAUCCCUCGAGCAACAGAUUCGACGCUUCAUUUUCGAUCUUGGUGGGAAAUCUACGAUGGCGCUGCCGCCUGCGAACAAGGAAACGAGAAAGAAGAUACAUGAACUUGCCAACGCAUUUAAUCUAAAGAGCGAGAGCAAAGGCAAGGGUAACAACCGUUAUACAACGUUGAUCAAGACGACUAGGACCGGAACUAGGAUCAACGAGAAUAAAAUCAAGACGAUAUUGAGAGUGUAUGCACCAUCUUGGGACACUCCAGGAAGAGAGGGAUAUAGCAAGAAGGGAGUCUCGCUCGCGAAACAUCAAGAAGGGGAAGAAGUAGGCAAGAUGGCGCCCAAAAUUGGCGAGACGAAUAUUGGCUUUAAGAUGCUCGCCGCGAUGGGUUGGUCGGAAGGCAAUCGCAUCGGGCUGUCAGGCGGCUUGGAUGCGCCAUUAACGGCGAUUAUGAAGAAGACAAAGUUGGGGCUUGGUGCGGCGUUGCCGUAG